CCUCUCUAUCUUACUUCUUUUCUUUCUUUUUUCCCAGUCAACUUGGUAAAUGGAGAUGCCUGUAGGUUGAAUCUAGUACAGUUUUAACCUCCAUUCAAGUCUAUGUUGCGUUUUUAGAAGGGGUGUGAAUGGGAGAGGCAACUCUUGGAUUGUACAUUGUCAUCUCAUUCUUUCAUUGUUUAUAAAUUUAGAGGUUUCAUUUUUCAUGCAAAAAUUCUGAAAUUCUCCCAUUUUCUUUACAUUAUUUUUUUAAAAUAAAAUAUAAGUGUCGCCCUACUACUGAAACACUAGAGUUUGAGGUAGAAUACACCACUAGCCUUAUUACUGAAACACUAGAGUUUGAGUAGAAUACACCCCUAUGUAUAAUCCGUUCUAUUUUGGAAGAAAAUAAUCCUACAUCUCGGUAUUAGAAGAGCAUUGUAAAUUCAGCAGGCUGGGAUUUAAUUUUAUUCUUGCUAUGCAUUUCUGUUUCACUUUUACUUUACAAAAUUUUCUGGUUUAGAACACAGAGCCGUCGCUAAAGCUUUAACAUACAACGUUCGUCAUGUAUUUUAACUUUACCAUGUUCUGCUCUGAGUGUGUUCAGUUAACCACUUAGGAAAUUAAAUAAUCAAAAUUCCGAUUUCAACGUAGCGCAGCUCAUCUCCUAUUAUCGGAAAGAUGAAUCAGUUAUUGGCAAGAUCGGUGCUGAGGCGGUUGGUUAAUUCUGGCAGUAACUGUAACCGUUGUAUGUCGUCCUUGUCAUCGCCGUUGUCUUUGCCGUCCGCGGCGGUAGUAGUUUGUAUGGAAGUUCAUAAGCCGAUUAGUGAGUCAGUUUUGAUGAUGAGUGGCAGGCGGCUGAGAUUUUCCGGUCAGUGGUGGAGGAUGAUGAGCUCCACUAGUGAACCGCCAACGAAGAAGUCAACGUCGUCGUCCACUGCGGUGAGGAAGGAGGAUGAGAAGAACGAGAAAACGAGUGGUGCUGCUGUGGAGAAGAUGGAAAGAAAAAACGAUGAAGUUGUUAUUUCCAGCUAUUGGGGCGUCUCGAGACCAAAGAUUACUAGAGAAGAUGGCUCUGUCUGGCCUUGGAAUUGCUUCAUGCCAUGGGAGACAUAUCAAGCUGACUUGUCCAUUGAUCUAAGCAAGCACCAUGUACCCAAGGCAUUCCUUGAUAAGGUUGCUUAUUGGACAGUGAAACUUCUCAGGAUUCCGACAGAUUUAUUUUUUAAGAAAAAAUAUGGUUGCCGUGCAAUGAUGUUGGAAACAGUGGCUGGUGUGCCCGGAAUGGUAGGAGGUAUGCUGUUACAUCUGAGGUCGUUGCGCAAGUUUGAGCAAAGUGGUGGUUGGAUAAAAGCAUUACUAGAAGAAGCCGAGAAUGAGAGGAUGCAUCUGAUGACUAUGGUGGAGCUAGUGCAACCCAAAUGGUAUGAGAGGCUUCUAGUUCUUGCGGUGCAGGGAGUCUUUUUCAAUUUUUACUUCGUGCUUUACGUGCUGUCCCCCAAGCUUGCACAUAGAAUUGUUGGGUAUCUGGAAGAGGAGGCUAUACACUCGUAUACUUUAUAUCUGAAUGAUAUUGAUCGUGGUGAAAUUGAAAAUAUUCGUGCUCCUGCCAUUGCAAUUGACUACUGGAGACUGCCUAAGGAUGCAACUCUAAAGGAUGUUAUUACUGUCAUUCGCACUGAUGAAGCUCAUCAUAGAGAUGUUAACCAUUUUGCAUCUGAUAUCCAUUAUCAAGGAAAGAAAUUGCAGGAAGCAGCUGCUCCUAUAGGUUACCAUUAAAUCUACAUACUAUUCUGUCUUGCGUGGUUGUUCUGCUUUCCAUGUUUUGUUGUAGAUGAUGGGUCCAUUCUGAAGAUUGGUAAUGAAAUCUCUAGACAGUAGCAGAUGUAAUGUAUGGAUUAAACUGAUGUUCUGUUCCUGCAUAGUGGUAUGAUAAAAUUGUGGUAUUGCUCUUCGAAGAGACGCGAGAUGUUUGUAUUUAACUGAAAAAACUGGGGAAAGUAUGAAAGACACUGAUACCACUGAAAAAAUUUUGUUAAAAAUGAACCUUUUCGAUUGAACUCA